UUGAAUCGGGGGGAAGUUUACAGUGCGCUGACAGACUUUUGGAGAGUUCAGUGUUGUGCGCUCUCAGUGCGUCACACGCUCCAAACGUCCAGUGGAAGCGCACGGCUCCAGACGAUCCUACAUGCACGCACAGCCGAGACUCCAGCCCCGCUCCGAACUCUGCAAGCUUCCUUUUCUCCACAAGCUUGAAUUCGCUUCUACUUGUGGCUGCAUCUCAGGAGUGAAAUGGAUGUCAUCCCCAUGUGUAGCAUCUUCCAGGAGCUCCAGAUUGUGCACGACACCGGAUACUUUUCAGCUUUACCAUCUCUGGAAGAGUACUGGCAGCAGACCUGCCUGGAGCUGGAGAGGUACCUCCAGAGCGAGCCCUACGUCUCGGCCACGGACCUCAAGUUUGAGAGCCAGGAGGACCUGUGGAGCAAGCUGAUGCUCGCCUGCGGGGACAAGUCCAACGAGUCGGACCCAAAGGUCCCCCGCAUCAAGAAGGAGGAAGACAAUCAGGACAGCCAGCACCUGGACGCCGGCGGCUUCCAUUCGGACGCCAGCAGCGAGGCCUCAGACAGCUCCGAGGAGCUCUCCCCGACUCUGGACUUCUCCUCCAGCUCUAUGACUGACAUUCUGGGCGACGGUGGCGAAGACCUGGGCUCGGCCAUCAUCAGCACGCCGCCGUCCUCGCCGGAGCUGGACAAGGAGGGCUCUGUCGCCAAGGUGUGGAGUGGGAUACAGACUGUGCUGCACUCGCCUGGGAAAAUAAGGACUGGGGGCACAGAGAGGGGCGUAGAGAGGUCGGGACUGACCAGCGGGGAGGCGUCGCCUGACGGCAGGAGGCGGGUGCACAGGUGUCACUUCAACGGAUGCAGGAAGGUGUACACCAAGAGCUCACACCUCAAAGCACACCAGCGCACGCACACAGGUGAGAAGCCCUACAGGUGUUCAUGGGAGGGCUGCGAGUGGCGCUUUGCACGAAGUGAUGAACUCACUCGACACUUCAGAAAGCACACUGGAGCGAAGCCAUUCAAAUGCAGCCACUGCGACAGGUGUUUCUCUCGUUCUGACCACCUGGCGCUGCACAUGAAGAGGCACAUCUAAGAUGGCCUCCAUGUCCAGAUCUCUGAGGGAUGAUUCUGGUUGGUUUUCCUGACCUUUGGGGGAUCAGCGAGGCCGGCGUGUCCUGGGAGCGUUAACAGGGGCACGGCUGUGUUCCAGUCAGUGGAAAAAGAUGAAGCAACGCAGGCUAUUAUUUGCACCAUACUUAGUGCCUCCAACACCUCGCUGUGGAGAUUGCUCUUGAAAGGCUUUACGGAGGAGCGGGGGGGGUGAGGGGAGAGAACCUAAAAAUGUAAAAAAAAAAAAAAAAAAGAUAAUUGUUGGGGAAAAUCUGGACUGGAGUAGACGGAAAGAGACUCUUCUGUAUGGUGUUCAACGCUUUUUUCCUGGAGGAUUAUGGGACUCCAGCAGGGGUGCCGUUCCUCCAAUGACAGUGUGUUUGCCUGUACGCAUGGGGACUGUGAGUGCCUGUGACUGGAUGCCUGUGCUGGCUUUAUGGAGCGGAUGGAGCUUGCAUUGUGGCACUGCGAGUGAAUUACAGGAAGCGGGUGAGGUUAUGCGAGGGAGGUUUAUGGGGGUGGGAUAUUUGUGUUCUCACUCAGAAUGAAUGCAAGCAAAAAAAAGGUUCUGUCUGUGCUGUAUGAGUCUAUUGGCUGUGGACGGGAGUAGGGACAUGUUUUGCAGAGCUGAUUUGCUAGAGAGCGCCCCCUUUCUGCCCAGAUGUGGAACUACGGCUCCUUAUUCAAACACAGGAGGUCGUUUUGUUUAGUGCAGCUAUUAAAUGUGCAAUGUAUUACGUAGCCUGUCUCAAAACAUACAUGCUAUGAAGCUAAUUUUGUUGUCCAUUGUGUAAGCUCUUAAUCUUAAUAACAAAACAACAAAAACAACAGUUAUUUCCAUUAUAACAGAAGUUGCAUGGGAUCUUGGGAGGUGUAGCUCGCCUGCGUGCUUAAAGGACAGCAACAUUCCCUUCAAGAGCAGCUACCUUCAUAUUACUCAAUAUCAUAGUAUUGUACAAAACACAUAAGGCAGUCAUUUUGUUUUUAUUUUAAUUUUAUGAAUAAGUUGGGAAUACCACUAUUGCUUGGCAACUGUUUUGAUGGCGGGCUUUCGGUUCUUUUUCUUCACUUUUGCUCUUCUCUUAUGUUCUAUCUGUAAAUGCACUGUUGACCUUACUGAUGCCUUAUGUAAGUGGCCUUGUCCUGUCAAGUAUCUCUCUCUCUCUCUCUCUCUCUCUCUCUCUCUCUCUCUCUCUCUCUCUCUCUCUCACACACACACUCACACACACUCUCACACACACACACCAAAGGGGGUUGUAAGGCACUAGUGCGUUGUUGAGUUGCUUUAUAAAGGCUCUGAUCCAUACAGUCUGCCUCCUCUUGCCACAGACUCAUCUAAACUCCUGAAAAAAAUGAAAAAUACUUAAAUAUCAGCUUCACAAUGACUGCCAUUUUUACAUGUCUGUACAUUCUUUGUUGAACAUAUCAUAACUAUAUCAAAUAUAAAUCCUAAAAAAGCAACUCAGUUUUGUAAAGGUUUGACUAUUUUGUAGUAUAAAGUGUCGUGGCUGCACUUCCAAUGGACUGUAACUUGCAGUCAAAGGUACAGAGUCUUGGAAAAAUGUUCUCAUGAAAUAUGGCAUGCUCAGCCACCAAGGUUUCGCCUAAAUACAUUUUUGCUGGGGGCCAAUCAUAUCUGUUGAUAUAUCCAAAGCUUCCAGUCUCUAAAGAAAAGCUUGUGUCCCUAAGAAUAAUGACUGCAUUCUAAAUACUGAAGUCUUUUUUUGAUGUUGUAAGUGAGUCUCGCCCUCAGGGUGAGUCAGUAUCUUUACACAGCCCUGGUUUAAACAACCCUGGAGCUGACUAAACGGUACCAAAACCAGUCUAACCAGUUCAGCCAGAGGUUUCUGUCUGUGUCUGCAGUUGAAGUGAGAUAAGACCAGGACCAGGUGUAUGUCUGUACCACCGUCACUAUAUGCAUGUUUCAACUUUAGUUUCUGUACAUGACAUCAACACACUCCUCCGUGGGUAGAUACAGUUCUCUGAUCUUUUUAUUAAAAUCCCCAUGAGUGUCACAAUUGGACAAAGUGCGUCGGCAUUUUAGCUUUUUGUAGAACACCUUUUGGAGCCGUUGUGUCUUUAUUGGAUAACGUUUUGUUACAAGAAAGACACAUGAAAGUGUUGAAAAAAGACAUAUCUGCUUUGAGGGUGUGGUUGAUUUAAGUGGUCAUAAAUCCUGAUGUCUGUCACUCAAUCUCACAGCUGUACAGGAGAACCUGGUCAACAUAAAGGAAGUCCAUACACUGACAAAUGUCAAACAUGUGUACAUUGUAAACUAAGAAUUUUGUAGGGAAACUUCUAUUUUGAAAGGCAAUGGGACCAAAAGUAAAUGCAGUGUGUUGUUUCUUAAUUAAGAUUGACUAAUAAAGGCAAGAGGCGGACGAAUUAUUGUAAAAUAGACACACUCCAUUCUCCUUCGUUUGCUUCUAUAACGGCAUCAGUUGCAGAUACACAUGUGGCCUAUCAUCUUUCAAGAUAAACUACCCGGACUUUUCAGACGUGAAUUGUUCUGGACACUGGAAUUGUCACCAUUUUGCAUUCUGUUGCCCACAAAGUAGUAGUAUUAUUUUUUGCAAUGUGAUGAUCAACUUUUCCAAGACCUGCUAAGACGCCCUAUCUUUAGCUAGAGAAUCUUUAUUGGAUUAACAUGGAGAUAAAAAUAUGAGGCUCUAUUUUUGUUUGUUUGAUGGCAUAACAAGAUUUUUCAUUUGAAAUUGUUUUGUAAAAUAGUUACUGUAUGAAUGUAUUUUUUAUUGGAAAAUCGAUAAAAAGAAUUUAUUGGAUCUA